AGGUGGGUACCAGGCCCAGAAGCCCCGUGGAGUCCCUCUUCGUGACUAUGGCCACCCUGGGAAAAGCCCUGGCCAAUCCCAGAGGGAAGGGUGGCUGGAGCAGGGAGGGCGGUGAGCUGGUGCCCCACCCACAGCGCCAGGGGCUUCCUAGGCUGGCGACCCUCACAGGGGCUCAUCUGCUGGCAGGUGAGGAGUGAGAAGAUCCAGCGUCUGUUACUUGGCGCUUGGUGUCUGGCUCUCCGCACGCUGGUGAGAGGGCUCAGAGGCUCACCCUGGCCUGCUCGGCACAGCCCACAAAGACAGGGUUUACUCAGCCUUGGGCUCUGCUAGCUCUGCCCAGCUGGACUCAGGGAGGCCAGAGUGCUGAGUCUGCCACCCUCAGGCCCACAUGUGAACAUUUCUCCUGAUCCAGAAUGAGGGGUGCCAGGCUGAUGGGGGUGCUGCUCGCCCUGGCUGGCCUUCUGCAGCAGGCCCUGUCCCUGAGAAUAGCAGCCUUCAACAUCCAGACUUUUGGGGAGACCAAGAUGUCCAAUGCUACCCUUUCCAACUACAUUGUGCAGAUCCUGAGUCGCUAUGAUAUCGCCCUCGUCCAGGAGGUCAGAGACAACCACCUGACGGCUGUAGGGAGGCUGCUGGACAAACUCAACCAGGAUGACCCAAACACCUAUCACUAUGUGGUCAGUGAGCCGCUGGGACGCAACAGCUAUAAGGAGCGCUACCUCUUCCUGUUCAGACCCGACCAGGUUUCCGUGCUGGACAGCUACCAGUACGAUGAUGGCUGUGAGCCCUGUGGGAAUGACAGCUUCAGCAGAGAGCCAGCUGUGGUCAAGUUUUCCUCCCCCUUCACACAGAUCAAGGAGUUUGCCAUUGUUCCCCUGCAUGCGGCCCCAUCGGAUGCAGUGGCUGAGAUCGACUCUCUCUAUGAUGUCUACCUGGAUGUCUGGCAUAAGUGGGACUUGGAGGACGUCAUGUUGAUGGGUGAUUUCAAUGCUGGCUGCAGCUACGUGACCCCCUCGCAAUGGUCAUCUAUCCGCCUGCACAGGAGCCCUCGCUUCCAGUGGCUGAUUCCUGACACUGCCGACACCACUGUUACAUCCACACACUGUGCCUACGACAGGAUCGUGGUUGCAGGAUCUCUGCUCCAAAGUGCUGUGGUUCCCAACUCAGCUGCUCCCUUUGACUUCCAAGCUGCAUACGGACUGAGUGACCAGAUCGCCCUAGCCAUCAGCGACCAUUACCCGGUGGAGGUGACGCUGAAGAGAGCCUGACAUGAGUGGGGCCUGGUGACCUCCACUCUGCAGCCUGUUGCCAAGAACUGCCAAAGGCUGGGGACAGAGUUUAGAAACCAGUGCCUGAUCCUGAGUGCCCCUGCCCCUCCCCACCACCAUGGCAGCUGGAAUUAGAGGAAGGCGGUGCUCUCACCCACCCCCUCCCUGUGGCUCCCUGUGGCCUUUAUUUCAUCAAAUACACCUUUUCUCACCGAGCCCCACAGG